AUGCUGUUCUUGCGUUAUUCAAAUUCACUAAGGGGACUAAAUAUAUCAAAGCUUCCGAAGGUCAAUUUCAGGGCGCUCAAUUGGACUGGUUCAAGGUCGACGCAGAUCAGUAAUAAUAUCAUGGAGAAAAACCAGAUGUCUCGCAAACAAAAUAAAGAAAAACUUCAGAAAGAGAGUCAUAGUGAAAUAGAAAGAAAACGACGUGAACGAAUGAAGUUGGAAACAGAAUUUCUUCACCGUCAAGUGCCACAUUCCCAGUGUAAAGACAAACUAUCCAUCUUUCUUGCUGGAGCUGAACGACUUAUUCAUUAUGGUAAUAAACUAGGGAAACGAGAGUACAUCAUUAAUGAUGAAGAGUACUCACAUAUAAUUAUGAAUACUAUUAAUGGUUUCGCUAUUCACUUGAGAUGUUCUGAUGGUGAAAUAUUGCAUGAAGAGAAUGUUCUAAAAGUGCUUGACAUUCCUCAGGCCAAUUUUGUAGGUCAGACGCUUUAUGAUGUAGCUGAACCAAGUAGCAAUACCAAACGUAUUAUUCAUGAUAGCCUCAUGUUCUAUGGUUCUGAAAUGCAACAAGCAAAAGAUGGAGAACUUAUUCCUCGCAAUUUUGUUAUUGCUAUGCGUUGUGGACCUAGUAUUCCGUUGAAAAAUUGCGUUCGGGGAUCUGAUGGCCAGUUAUAUCGGUUCAUUGAAUUCUGCGGUGAUAUUGUCUAUCAGAGAAAUAAUGAAUUUUGUGAUUUUUAUGCUUUAUUUCGUGGUGUCUGUCGGCCACUGGAUAUGGCCUGUCCAACAGUCUUUGAAAAUGUACAGCUUGAAAAUCAGGCGAAUCAAACUGAAAAGUAUGGUUCGCCCAUAAAAUCUAUUAGUUCCGCUGAUCAUGUCACUUUACGUAUUGGGAGCAAUGACUUAUGCAUAACAGAAGUUGUUGGAAAUUCUUCAUCAAUAUUGGGAUGGACUGCUAAAGACUUAUUGAACAGACAUAUCGGGGAUUUUGUUACUAUUCCUGAACAAAGUAUUGUUAAACAUGCUAUACAAGAAACUAUCGGGAAUGGGUCAUCUACAGCUUGCAUCAGUUGGCUGAAUUGUGAGAAUACAUGUCCGGUUUACUUGCAAGCCUUCUUCACAGCUAUCAAAAUAAACAAUUGUUUGUAUUGCAUUGUCUGCAAGUUGUAUCCAUCAUCCGAAUCCACUUCCUCAUCUUGGUGCAAGGCGGAACCACAAUCUCCAAUAUUUCAGCAUUCAAAUUCCUCAAGCUUGCAACUGCCUGAUAGCCAAAGCAUUUCAUCCUUAAAAUGGAAUAAACUAUAUAAUUACUCUACACCCAGGAAAAAUUCAAAUGAAUUGACAACUGGAUUGCAUCUUAGUGGUGUGAGUACGUCGGUCUGCGUAUCUGAAGCACUAGCACGUGAAAUCGACAGCUACAGUAAACUGUCAAAUCCUAACAUCGAAAGUCAUUUUAACGCUUUUAGCACAUCCUACAAAUCAGCACAGCCGAGUGAAGAUGAGCGCAAUACAUCAAUAACGACGGUAGCUAAUAAUCAAACGUAUUUUCCUUCCACGAAAUGUCCUGACAGUAAAGACCCUCUACCAAACCAGUGUCCGGUUUUUUCUGUUGACACAGACGAAAUGAUUUCUGGAGAAAUUAAUCAAACACUUGAUUCAUCAAAUCGGACAAACGACAUGGAGUAUAAUAAUAAUAAUCCUGAUGGAGAAGAUUGGCGUCAACUUCCUCUUAAUACUAGUUUCAGCAAUAUGCUCCCUGAAGGUGGAUUACCGGAACUAUUGAAUCCUGAUUAUAUAAAAGAUUUAAUUAAAGAAGAUAUAACUGAUCUAUGACAUUUCACUCCUUCUUUGUAAAGGUGUACUACACAUCUACUAGCUAUGAAGAAUGUGCAAUUAUUUUCUUUUAAAAUUUAUUUAGAUAACUAUGCUAUUUUCUAUAUGUAUAGUAUAUAUUACGAUAAUAUUUGUUGCCUUUGUGAUAUUUUCAAAAUACAUGCAAAUUGAUAUGUAU